AUGACUGAACGUGUCUCUGAAUCAUCUAUUCCCCGAUACAGCGAAUAUCGGGCUCGAUUGACCAAGGUGCUGGAAGACCAAAGUUCGACAGAGGAAAGUGCUUGUCAGGAAGAUGCGAUCACACGCCGACAUAGAUCGUCCACCGUGAAAAAAACGAAAAGAGAUGAUAAACGAGCUGACAAGGAUGGUGAAUCUGGAAAGAGCGGCGGACACGAUACUUUAUCUAAGUCAUGGAAAAAGAGAAAGGCAGUUGACGACUUAUCGGUUGGGCGGCAAAGAAAUGCAAGUCCUGCCAUCGAACUAGAAUUAGAAAGCAAGGCAACGAAGCGCCUGCUCAAGAGAAAACUUGCUUCUGAGAUCGAAAGCCUCAGAACGGAGAUAGAAGACAUGAAAAAGGCAGUUGCGUGUCUUAAACCAUCUUUGGAUGCGCAGCGGAAAAGAAAACGAGUUUCGUUUGAGGACAGUGCCCGCUAA